AUGGUGCACAAGUCAAUACAAAUACUCUUCAACAAGAAGAAAGUGAUCUUCAUAAUGGGGGCCACAGGUUCUGGAAAAUCCCGUCUCUCUGUUGACCUUGCCACCCAUUUUCGAGGAGAAAUAAUCAACUCGGAUAAAAUGCAAGUAUACAAGGGACUUGAAAUUGUUACAAACAAGAUCACACACACUGAGAAACAAGGUGUACGACACAUUUUGUUAGGUGAAAUUGAACCAGAUUCAAACUUCAUAGCUGAAGAUUUUUGUUUGCAAGCUGUCGUCUAUAUAGAAAAAAUACUGAAGACUCAACGUGUUCCAAUUAUUGUUGGAGGGUCAAAUUCGUAUAUUAAAAAACUUGUGAAAGAUCAUGUGUUCAUGUUCAAAUAUAAGUAUGAUAGUUGCUUUAUUUGGAUUGAUGUUGAGCAAUCAGUCUUGAACCGUAAAGUUGACAUGAGGGUUGAUCAAAUGGUCAAAGCAGGGCUAGUGGAUGAGGUGCGACAGAUUUUCAUUCCAAAUGCAGAUUACACCAAAGGAAUCCGACGGUCCAUCGGUGUCCCUGAAAUGGACAUAUAUUUAAGGGAAGAAACAAAUAUAGACGGAGAUGAUGAAUCAAAGUAG